CAGUGGAAAAGGAAUUUUUCCUAAUUUUCUUAGCUAAAGUGAAUACGGUAGUGUCUCGCUAGUGCCAUAUGUACUGGAUCAACAACGUUCGACAUGUGGGUGAAGCCGGAAGAAGUUCUGCUGGCCAAUGCUCUCUGGGUAACUGAGCAGGCAACAGUAUAUUUUGUCUUACAACGCCGCAAGGGCCAUGGAAAGGCAAAAGGACUUACCUCAAUUCUGGUCGGUACACUGGAUAGUGUCUUUGAUACAAAACCACCACCAUUUAGGAUUCUACAUCAAACGCCUACAUCUGAACUUUACUGGUUGGUGGCCUGCUCCUUGACAUACAAUGAGAUAAUUCAGGAUUGGGAAUGGCUUCAUUCAAACUUAAUCGACACUCUGACGUCCUUCGAUACUGAGGAGGAAAUCACAGAAUUUGUUUGUUGUAAAAUUCAAUCGAUUAUCGCCAACAAUGUACCAGACAGUCAAUUCGUUGAAGAAGAGGAUCCUCAAUCUUUUAAGACUGUCUCAUUCAAGUUUCACCAGCUCUUCAAUUUACCAAAGGACGAGAAACUUGUAAAUUAUUAUUCCUGCAGUUACUGGAAGUCUCGAUUACCAAGGCAAGGAUGGCUCUACUUAUCUGUGAAUCAUAUGUGCUUCUAUGCUUAUAUCCUGGCCAAGGAAACCAAGUUGAUUGUAAGGUGGGCGGAUAUUAUCGAGCUAGGAAAAACCAACUCCAUUCUAUUUCCGGAUAGUAUUCGAGUUGUAACACGAGACAAUAAAGAGCAUUACUUCUCAAUGUUUCUCCACAAGUCGGAAACCUUCUCCUUGAUGGAGCAGCUCACGAAUAUUGCUAUGAAGAGGCUCAUCGACGAAAAGAGUGGUUUUAAUGAGGACAGAGAUCUAUUGAAUAAAUUAAGCAAAAACGUGCCUAAGAAACCAUCGUUCCUUAAGCGAGACCUUGAUGCUCGCGCACAAUCCGAAGCCUAUAGAUUACAAUUCAGACUACCAGGCACUGAAAAACUAGAUGGCAGUAUAGACGCAACUUUGUGGACACCCUAUAACAAGAAACACGUCUGGGGAAGGAUAUUCCUCUCGCAAAAUUAUUUAUGCUUCGAGUCUAGGGUCAGGCAGAUGGUAAGUCUGGUCAUUCCGUUACGGGAAGUCAGACUGGUGGAACCUGCUGAGAACCAGCCCUCCAACGCCGCUGUGGACAAAUCUAUCUUGGUUACCACUACCAGAGCCUCAUUCCUAUUCGCGCAAAUACAGGACAGAGAUUUCGUGGUGCAAAAAAUAUCCGAGCUUUUGGCCAAAACUAAGAUUGCACAACUCGCUAUUGGUGACAACAUAAACUCCCAGAACAGUAUAUCGAGCAACCUAAGCAACUGCGAGGAAGCCAAACCAGCAGAUACCUGGAGUCCUCAGCCACCGUUGAUGACUCUGUUUAAAGCACCACUUAGUCCAGAGGCUGCAUUGAAACAGGAAGCUAAAGAGAAACAGUGGGAACUUCAUUUUGCAGAAUACGGAAGAGGCAUUACAAUUUACAGAACAACGGACACGGCGAAACUAGUGAUACAGGGUGUUCCACAAACUCUACGUGGAGAAGUCUGGCUCACAUUCUCCGGCGCUCUGAACGAAAUGGCGAUGAAUUCGGGUCUCUAUAAGUCCCUCGUGGAACAAUCCAUAGGGAAAUCUUGCCAGGCAAAUGAGGAAAUUGAAAGAGAUUUGCAUAGAUCCUUACCGGAACAUCCUGCGUUCCAAUCUGACACUGGAAUCAGUGCAUUGAGAAGGGUACUUUCCGCUUACGCUUACAGAAAUCCUCAAAUUGGCUAUUGCCAAGCCAUGAACAUUGUCGCGUCCGUUCUCUUGAUCUACUGCUCAGAGGAAGCUGCUUUUUGGCAGUUGUGCAACGUGUGCGAGUCCCUCCUGCCAGAUUACUACGACCGACGUGUAGUUGGAGCCCUGGUGGAUCAAGGCCUCCUAGAGGAAUUAGCCGCCGAGCACUUACCUACACUCCACGCGAGAUUACAGGAACUUGGUCUGAUCAGGGUGAUCUCAUUGUCUUGGUUCCUCACGAUUUUUCUUAGCGUAAUGCCAACAAGCAGUGCUGUCAACAUAAUGGACUGUUUCUUUUAUGACGGUGCUAAGGUUAUCUUUCAGAUAGCGUUGACAGUCUUGGAAUGGAAUCAAGAUAAAUUAUUGAAUUGUCAUGACGACGGGGAAGCUAUGCAAUUAUUGACGGAUUAUUUAGGAGGCGUUUUCAAUGACGAAGGCCCCGUUUUACCCAGACCAAUCGACAGCGUCGUUCCCAAAAGAAGUAUAUCUGUUCAAACUUUAAUAUACGAAGCGUACUCUAGGUACGGAUCGUUAACGAUUGGUGGAAUCGAAAGGCUCAGGCUCAAGCACAGACUAAGAGUAGUUCAGAGCUUGGAAGACGGUAUUGAGAAAAAUGUUGUAAGAAGCGUUGUCGUUGACAAAUACAUGACCAUGGAUGAGUUACAGGACUUAUUAAGCCUCGUAAGAGAGGAAUUGACGAGCCAACGAAAAUCCGAACCAGAUCGCUACGAUCCCACUCAACCGCCUUAUGAGGCUUAUAAAGUCGAUUUUGAAUUGUUUAGGAUACUAUUUGGAGGUCUAUCGCCCUGGGGUAAAUGUACUCAGGCUGAGUCCCUAUCGGCCAGAUUGUUUCGUUUAAUGGAUCGUAACCGGGAUGGUCUUUUGAACUUCCGUGAAGUUGUCCAGGCUAUAGGAAUGACUGCCACUGCAGAUUUAACUCAGCGAUUAAAACUUCUUUACACUUUACACUUACCACCGCUCCUGACACCAGUGGAUUUUGAACCGUCUGUCCAAGACGACGGAGCUGAAGUAGCGGCGGAAGCUACAGACUUUUUCGAUAGCAUGGAACAAAGUGUGGCGUCCUUAGAAAUGCCUGUCAGUAUGGCAGAAGAGCCGACAACCGGAACUUUGUCGCGCUCAACGAGCUUAAAUAGUCAGCAAGGAGAUCAGUCAUGGGAAGUUCAAAGUAUGGGCAGUCUACGGUCCAUGGUAGCGUCAAGAGACAGUCCUCUAGAUCUUAAAAUAGUUCCAAAAAUGUCACAACGCCACUUUAUAGCAUUGUGGAAGACGCUUUACGACAUGUUCCCGGCACAACCCGAAGAGCAGGAGACUUAUCACUGUAUAGCGUCAAUAGGUACUUUGCUCCUUCAACUGGGCGAUGUUGGCAAGAAGUUUUAUGUCGACCGGGAGGAAUCUGAGGACAGUUUACUAGUUGCCGCGACGGCCGCUCAGCAAGCAGCGCCGCUUCCAGAGAGGUCUCCGGACCGCAAUGGGAACCCCUCGAGCACGUCAUCCUCUACGGAUCUUGAUUGGUCCAUCACGGUAGAACAGUUCUUGGCCUCAGCCUUGACUGGACAACCAAUUGUUGAUUUCUUUAGUAAACGAGCCGACCUUACUGAGGAUAUAGUUGCUCUUAGGAAUCGCAGAUUUAAUCGCAUGCAUUCUCUUUCGGAUGCUCCCGUGCUGAACGUAUGACAUAUGAUGGUUCAACCGUGCGAAACCGUCGCUUGACCCUCGUAGUCAUAAAAUUCUUAGAAAACAUCCAUAGAAGAGAAAUGGCGGAUAAGAUGGGGGAUUUUUAUAAAAGACAAAAGCAUGAUAAAUCCAGUUAUUUAUAUCCGACAUGAUAAUUGUGUCCCACGGGAUUGAAUGACUUUUAAGAAUUCCGUCGGUUAUGAAACAACAGUACUCUUAUUAAUCAGGUACAGUAUAAAUAAUGGUGACAAA